AUCUCGUUGAAUGACAUCUUCUUUGCCUGUGGGUACAACUACAACUCCAUCUGCUAAAGCUGCUCGUCAAUCUGUUGAGCAAGUUGCAAAUGAGUUCAACACUGACCCUGUUAAAGGCUUACAUCUGGUUGAUGUUCCGAGUUUAAGAGCUUUAUAUGGCACAAACGAACUCGAAACAGACGAAGACGAAAGUUUGUUUUCGAAAUUUAUUGAUUCUUUCAAGGAUCCCAUGAUUCUCUUACUGCUUGGCUCUGCUUGUAUCUCUGUACUUAUGGGCCAAUUUGAUGAUGCUAUCAGUAUUAGUGCGGCGAUUAUCAUUGUAGUAACAGUCGCCUUUAUUCAAGAAUACCGCUCCGAAAAGUCACUGGAAGCAUUAAAUAAGCUUGUGCCUCACCAUUGUCACUUAGUAAGGGAUGGACAUGUAUCGGAUGUAUUGGCAAAUGACUUGGUUCCAGGAGACGUUGUGCGCUUUGGCGUGGGUGAUCGAAUUCCUGCAGAUUGUAGAAUAACCAAAUGUACGGGAUUAGAGAUUGAUGAGUCAAACUUGACAGGUGAGAACAAGCCUAGGAGAAAAAUAUCUGAGGCUAUUGCAACCACCAACUACGGAGAACUCGCACUAAAUGAAAGGGAAAAUAUUGCCUUCAUGGGCACACUAGUACGCCAAGGACAUGGAGAGGGCGUUGUAGUUGCAACAGGGAAAAAUACAGAGUUUGGUCAUGUAUUUGAACUGAUGCAAGAGGUUGAAAUCAGAAAAACUCCAUUACAAAUUAGCAUGAAUGAUCUUGGAAAACAGCUAUCCAUGUUUUCUUUUGGUGUCAUUGGUGUCAUUGUACUUAUUGGUCUCAUUCAGAAACGUAGUUGGUUAGAUAUGUUUACGAUUGGUGUCAGCCUCGCGGUUGCUGCUAUCCCAGAAGGCUUGCCUAUUGUUGUCACAGUUACUUUAGCCUUGGGUGUUCUUCGCAUGGCCAGCCGAAAAGCUAUUGUCAAACAGCUUCCAUCUGUCGAAACGCUGGGAUCUGUCAAUGUUGUUUGUGCUGAUAAAACAGGCACCUUGACGUUGAAUCAAAUGACAGUCACCAAGGUAUUCACAGUUGAACAUGAAGCAACGUUUGAUUACGAAUAUAAGACACCAACAACGAUAACAGAAGCUUUACGACAGACUUUGAAAAUCGGCAAUUUGUGCAAUAAUGCUCAAAUAGGUGAAUCAGGGAAACUGUAUGGUCAACCAACAGAGAUGGCCUUAUUGGAUGUAGUCAUUCGUAGUGGAAUGAAAGAUGAGCGUACGCUUUACGAACGAAUCGCAGAAACGCCAUUUACAUCGGAUACUAAAUACAUGUCAGUCAUUUGUCGUGAAAAAGAUAAUUCGUUUGCCAGGAACUACAUCUAUGUCAAAGGUGCAACAGAGGUUGUGGUGGAUAAAUGCACGACAUAUUACACUUCAGACGGACGAAUGCACCCACUGACUCCAACACUUAAACAAGUCGUUGCUCAACACGUUUCUGCAAUGAGCUCUCAUGGCCUUCGUGUCCUCAGCACAGCCUUUGGAGAGAGUGAGAGUAGUUUGUGCUAUACUGGCUUUAUCGCUGUUCAUGAUCCGCCUCGACCGGGUGUAGGUGAUGCUAUCAAAAAGCUUGUACAAGGUGGUGUGAAGGUUGUUAUGAUCACAGGCGACUCUGAAGGCACCGCCAUGUCCAUUGCACGUCGUUUAGGCAUUCCAACCAGUGCCAAGAGGAGUUGCUUAACAGGCCACGAUAUUGAGGCUAUGUCUGAGCGACAGCUUCAAGAGGUUAUACAGUCAAUUUCUGUCUUUGCCCGUACUACCCCCAAGCAUAAAUUGGCCAUCGUGCGCGCGUUUCAAGAAACAGGGGCUGUGGUAGCUAUGACAGGUGAUGGCGUUAAUGAUGCUCCAGCCCUUAAAAUGGCUGACAUAGGUAUCUCUAUGGGCCAAAGUGGAACUGAUGUAUCAAAGGAAGCUGCCGAUAUGAUAUUAGUGGAUGAUGACUUUUCUACUAUUUUGCAUGCUAUUGAAGAAGGCAAAUCUAUAUUUUACAACAUUCAAAACUUUUUAACCUUUCAGCUAAGUACGAGUAUAUCUGCUCUUUCAUUGAUUGCUAUCUCUACCUUGUUUGGCUUAAAGACACCGUUGAAUGCAAUGCAAAUAUUAUGGAUAAAUAUCAUCAUGGAUGGUCCACCUGCUCAAUCCUUGGGCGUUGAACCUGUAGAUCCCGAAAUAAUGAAGAAGCCACCUCGAAGCCGGAAUGCUACUAUUCUGACAAAACCAUUGAUUAUUCGCGUUUUUUCUACUGCCAUUAUCGUUACCUUGGGAACCAUGUUUGUCUAUAUAUCUGAAAUGGCUGAUGGUGUUGUUACUAACAAGGAUGCAACCAUGACAUUUACUACAUUUGUUUUCUUUGAUAUGUUCAAUGCGCUUGCUUGCAGAUCAGAAAAACAAUCUAUAUUCAACAUUGGUUUCUUUUCUAACAAAAUGUUCAACAUUGCAGUUGGAGGAUCUAUUAUUGCACAAAUGGCAGUUGUCUAUAUUCCGUUUUUUCAAUCCAUCUUCCAAACAGAGCCUCUAACAUUGCACGAACUUACCAAAGUAUUAUUAGUGACCAGUACUGUGUUUUGGAUAGAUGAAUUGAAAAAAUUAAUUCGAACCAAGAGAAUUGUGCGUUUUGGUUCUCUAGAUUAUCAAAUAAUUCAGUCAGAAGAAAUUGAUAGAGCUAUUGAUCUUGUAUAAAUACAAUACACAUACCUUCUCUUCUUUUUUUUUAUACAUGCAUACUUACACACACGUUUGCGUUUGUAUUGAUGUAAUCUUUUCUUCUUUUUUUUUGUUACAAUGUUUCCAUAUCAAAUUUUCACAGACUAAAACUAUAACCACUUAUACAUAUAAAAAGAUGGCUGUAUAGCUUUUUUAUUGAAACAAUCAUUUGAACAUGAUACAGAAUGUUUAAUGAAACCAUAAAGAUGACCUUUUAGAGCCUGACUGCAAGCUUUAGUAGUACGGGGCUGCAGCCUUUCCUGAUAUCUUUUAAGUUUGCUUUCAGUAAUUAAUUAAAACUGCUCAAUGAGCUUCCACUCUAUUGAAUGAGAUAAAUAUAUGCAUAUAUAGUCUCUUUUCUCAAUGAGUUCUUUGAUAUCAGCUUGCUUAUGAAUAGAUGCAUUAUUCAUAACCAAGAAGCAUGGAAAAAUA